GUAAAGAGAGAAAGAUUGCGCGCCCUCACACGAUCCGCGCGAGUUAUAAAAUUCAUUAUUUUUUGCGAAGUAUUAGUGUAAAUUUCCUGUUAAUAAAUCGAUUGCACGAGGGCUAUGGACGUACAGGCUAAGAAGGAACUGAAACGUCUUCAGAAGGAUAAAUUAAGGGCACAGUCAAAUGGUAGCCUGAAACAGGAAGCAGAGGCAUGCAAUGCAAUUGGCCAACUUCUCGUAACCCAUGGUGAAUAUGAGAGUGCUCUGCAGGAGCACAUCCACGAACUUCAACUAUCAGAAUCAUUGAAAGACGUGAUUGGUUCUGCUGUAGCUAAUCGGCUGAUUGGAGAAUGCUAUUGUGAAAUGGGUCGGUACACAAAAGCGUUGAAGUAUCAACAAAAUCAUUUGGAGAAAGCAAGGUCAGUAAAUAAUGAUGUCGAAGAGCAGCGUGCAUUGGCAACGAUUGGUAGAACUUACCUGCUUCAGUCUGACACCCUUGUUGACAAGACUGUGUCACUGGACAAAUCCCAUGAUGCAUUUCAAGGGAGCCUUGAUAUUUGCCGUAGACUUGGGGGUAAAGUGUCGGACCGUGAGCUGGCGGAGAUGAAGGCCAGACUGUAUCUAAACCUUGGCUUAGUGUAUGAUUUUAGGCAAAAUGCUGAUUCUUGUGCGAAGUUUAUUAAGCAGGCUGUGUAUAUUGCAGAACAGAAGAAUUUACAUGAGGAUUUGUACAGAGCUAAGCUGUCCCUGGCUGGAAUAUAUUUGCGUGAUAACAGAUUCUCACAAGCACAGCGGAUGUACGAAGGUGCACUCCAGGUUGCAAAGAAACUUUCUGACAAAUAUAUGGAGAGUGAAUGUAUGGCUGGUUCUGCAAAUAUGUACCUACAAAUGGGAGAUUUCAGCGCUGCUUGCAAGUAUUUCAAACAAGCUUACAAGCUAGGUUCACAAAGGCACUCAGAGAGAGAAGCAGUCACAUCCAAUUUCAAAGCAGCCAUACGAGGACGUCGUCUACUAAAAGAUCUCAACAUGAAAGCAGAAGACGAUGUGGAAGGAAGAUUAGCCAUCUAUGAGUCUCUUGGUGAUCUUUUUUGCAAGCUCGUAAAUUAUACUAAAGCAAUCAGUUAUUAUGAAAAGCAGCUUGAAUGUGCAAAGUCUUUAAAUAAACUGGAUGAGGUACUGAUACCAAUCUAUGUGUCACUAGCUGCAACUUAUUCUGACAACAAGCAGUUUGAAGACGCUAUCAGCAUGUACCAGGAGGAACUUAAGUUGAGGAAAGGAGACCACAAAGAGGCUGGAAGAACAUGGUUGAACAUCGCCAAGGCUCAGGAAGACGGGGGAAAGCACUUUGCAUUGAUAAACUCAUGUCUAGAAAAAGCAAUGGAGCAGGCUCAAAAAGCUGGACACCCCAGACUGCAGUUGAGGGUGCUCAAAGUGUCAGCAGUUAUCCAAGAGAAGUUUGUUGAAGAUGUUUUGCUGGAGCAAACUCAACAACUGAUACACAAGGUGAAAUCCAAAUAUGACCUGGACUCAGAUGAUGAUGAAAUCAGUGACGAUGAAUCUCAGGAGACUCAGAAUGUUGAGGAAGAAAGCCUCCAAUUUACAGAAUCAGAAGAAUCAGAAGUAGAUGAAAAUGAUAUUGUGGAAGGAGUGCGGAAACGAAAUAAAAAACCACAUUUUAUGCGACGUAAUGAGAAAGGUGAAACACCUUUACACAGAGCUUGCAUAGAGGGCAAUGUGACUCAAGUCAAGAAAUAUUUGGAACAGGGACACCCAGUGAACCCACGUGAUUAUUGUGGCUGGACACCACUCCAUGAAUCCUGCAACCAUGGUCAUUAUGAAGUAGUGGAACUCCUUCUAGACCACAAAGCCAACAUCAAUGAUCCAGGUGGAGAUCUGUGUGGCAAAGUCACACCACUGCAUGAUGCUAUCAACUGUGGUCACUUCAAAGUGGCGCAGCUCUUGAUACGUCGAGGUGCCAAUGUACAUGCUGUUGAUGCAGAGGGUCAGACACCAUUGAAGGCACUUUAUGCCUGGGAAGCAAAUUACAAACAUGAUCUGGACAGAGAGGCUAGAGCAGCUUGUGGUCAUCUGAAGAGGAUCAUCCAUGAGGUUGUUAAAAAUGGAUUUUCUAAUGGUCCUAUGCAGACACACACAUUUGACAGUGAUCUGUUUUCAGCUGAUGAAGACAGUGACCCGAGACAGAUGGUCAGCCAAGGUCAAACCCAAACUUCAGUUAGUGACAGCAUGUCCCCUACACAACCUCCUAAUAGAAUAAGACUCUCAAGGAGUGCCAACAGAAGGAUCUCUAACCAGCGGAGGAUUACUGCCAUUGAAGAUUCUGAGCUGGAUUUUGAAGAUUUACAGGGGGAUGUGAGGAUGGAGGAAGAGGUUGCCAUGUUGAGUAAUGAUGAUUUUGAUAAUGGUUCAAAUGAGCUUCUGGUAAAUAACAACGGACUGAGUCCUGCAAGAAUUCUAGAAAAUCCAGAGGAUGUUUCUGACCCAUCAUCUCCAACACCGCCAAUAUUUGAUGAUGAUCCUGAUGAUGUAUGUAAUGCUUACCAGCAGGCGAUUACUGCUGUUGGAAGUGCCUCUAGCAUUAUGUCACAAAAGAAGACAUCCCAUAGGGAGCCGACUCAGUCUAACAACAAGCAGUCAGCUUUAAUUCCUGAUGAAACAUAUACCGGUGGUGAUGAUUGGUUGAUAGAUGACAUGGGGAUACAACCUGGAAAAAGAAAACGAAACCUAGAAAGUGCGUCUAAUAGAUUUGAAAUGAUGAGAGGAGGUCAAAAAACAACACCGCAGUCUGUGAGAUCAACUAGACCACCAUCAUCAAAACGACGCCGAACUAAACAGCUGCGUUUGACAAGUCUGCAACUUACGAGGGAACGCGUACCGGUAACGAUCGACAGUGAUGAUAGUUCUGUAACAUCUCAAGAGGAAAUACAGUCUGAGCAGUUGCAUAGAGAGCCUAACUUUGAAACAAGUUUUACACAACAGUCGACAGUGCCUCAGGUCACGCAUGGUGGCGACCUGCGGCGACCACCAAUGAGAGUUCGUGUCAGAGUGAAGGACAAAACAUUAGCUAUACCAGUACCUGGCAGCGACAAAACAAUGCAGUGGCUAACCGAUCAAGCUUGCCAACGAUACUUCAACAUGUUUGGAGUUCGACCAACACUCAUACUACAAACUCCAGAGGGAGCUAUUUUUGCAGAUGAGGACAUUGUAACUGACUCUGUUUCACACAAUGAAGAGAUAAUCGCACUGGUUGAUACAUGGGAUUUGCCUCCUUUACAUCAGCGGUAUCAAAGAGCUUGUAAAACAGCUAAAACAGAUGCAAAUCAAAAAAUCAUAAAUGCAAUGCAGUUAUGUGAAACCAGCUUGAUACUUUCAUUGGCAAACCUUGGUCUUGGAACGACAGACAUAAAACCGGUAAUCUCAGCCCUUCAGCUGCAGGAGAGCCUCCGAUAUCUUCAUCUCCAUGGUAACACGAUUAGUGAUGCAAUACUUCAGAGUUUCUCUGAAGCGGCCACCAUGCUUCCCAAUCUAGUUUUGCUGGAUUUAUCGUGCAAUUAUAUUACCCAUGAAGGCUUGAGGUUUGUUAGUGACAACCUUAAGAAGAAUGCGACGAGCUGUGAUCAUGUUAAUGCCAAAGACACAGCUUCACUGGGAUCUACACGCCAGAAGCCUUUUCAGCUUCUUGAAGAAUUAAAUCUCAGUUUCAAUUCUCUCACUGAUGAUUCUUCAUUGGACCUUGCUCAUGUCAUUGAAUGCUGCCCUCGCUUGGUUAAUCUGAAGUUCCAGUCAUGUGAUUUCACUAUGAAGUUGUUUCGAAGAGAAUUUAAUGAAGCAUUAAAAGCUCUUAGACGUCUUGAGAGUAUCGACCUAUCCCACAAUACCAUUGGGUGCACUGGAGUAGAACUUCUUCUCAAAAGUCUACCUCACACUUCGCUAAAGAAACUUGAUCUAGCCUCAGUUAUCCAGACUUCACAUGGAAAUACUGUUGCAUUGCAAUUCUCAAGAUACCUCACUCUGGCUGACUGUUGUCUGGAGACAUUGUGUUUAAGAGAUUGUUACUUAACUGAUGAAGAUGUUACCACGAUAGCAAGAUCAAUGAACUCCAGCACAAUGCUGUCUUCUCUUGAUGUCUCUGCCAACAGUGAUAUAACAUUAUUAGCUCUGCAAGAACUACUAUCCACCAUUCACACACACAAGCUUAUAAUAAAAAAGAUUGACUUUUCUGCCUGUCAUAUAUCAUCGGUGUCCGAUACCUUAGCUGACGCUCUGGUCUUGUUGAUUUCUGAGAAACUAAUAGCAGAAGUGAUAUUAAACGGAUGUGGAUUGAAACGAGAGGACCAGAGUAGAAUCAGGCAAAUGUCUGCACAGAAUAAUAAAAUCCUCUGCUCUGUUCAAAACCAAAUUUGUGAACUGUAUAUCACCUAGUUGUCAAAAAGUCACCCUUUAAUUUUGGCUAGUUGCCAAAUAUUUGAACAGUUUUUUAUGUACAAAAUUUCCAUUAGCAGAAACAGUACAGUACUAAUUGUGAUUAUGUGAUGAUAUAUCAAUAUAUAAAUAUACCAUAUGAACUGAUGAAUAAUGUGAUUUUAAAUAUGAAACUAUGCAAGUUCCAUUUAGGUAAUGAGUGAAUGAUCGCCAUUGACAUUUGGAACGAUUUUAGCAUGGAUAAUUUGAACGCCACAGUGUUCGACAUAAUUAAUCAUGAUGACUAGACUAAAUGUAUCAACUUAACUAGUAUAAUAUAUUGUAUAGACUGUAUGAAUGAACACUAUGGACUAUCUGAACAAACAUAUUUCAGCUAUACAGUAAUAAAAAGGAAAUAUUUACUA